GGAACAGUUUCCUGUUUGGAGGAAAAUCUACUUGUAUCAAGUUGACAUUGAACUCAUUCAGCAUUAAACAUGGUUACUCUGUCUUUAAACUCGUUAAAAACAAUUAUGCGGGCGAUGGUGGACAGUCCGGGGUUUGAUCGAGUUUUAAGUAAGGUGGACAUUGUAACAGCCAGCCCAGGGAAAGUGGUGUGUGAGUUUAAAGUGGAAGAGGAGCACACAAACCGAGGGGGCACCCUUCACGGGGGUCUGACAGCAACGCUGGUCGACGUCAUCUCCACCACUGCCAUCAUGUACACGGAACGGGGGGCACCCGGUGUCAGCGUGGACAUGAACAUCACGUACAUGAACGCCGCCAAGAUGGGUGAGGAUGUGCUGAUCACAGCCACUGUGUUGAAGCAAGGACGGACCCUGGCGUUCGCUACUGUAGACCUCACAAGCAAAGCCUCUGGGAAACUCAUCGCACAAGGAAGACACACAAAGCACCUUGGGAGCUAGAUCAGUUGUAGGGUGAUGUUGCCCCUACACACUGGUCUUGGGUCAGUUUAGCACCCCCCCCCACUAAUAUUUAAGAUUGGGGGGAGGGAAAGCUGAUCCUAGAUCUGUACCUAGGGGAAACUCUUCCCCCGUCAGCAAAUUGUGAAUGAUCGUACUGCUGCUGUGACACAGUCCAGCAGAAAGUCUGUGGGGUGAAGAAACAUGACUAUUGUGAUACUGUCAGUAAAUUGUUCUUCACCCCACAACAGACUUGCUAAAUAUAUAUAUAUUUUUUUUUUUUGCAUGUCAUUCUGCUGUAAAUAUAUAUACUUUGUGUACACACAAUAAAAACACACCAAGAAAUACUUUCAAAUGUUACAUUGUAUUGGGAUUUGUUCAGCCAUGUUGAUUUCUAGAUGCAUUAAAAAAAAUUAAAAAAAAUAAAC